AUGCCCAAACGCGAAUCGCAGAAAAUUAUGAUGAGUGUUUCCCGUCUGGAGGCCACAAAGAUCCAAUCAAGGCGGGCUGGAAAAGGAACCGGUCGAGAUAUUCAUACCGCUUUAAAAUGUUUUGCAUAUGCGUAUUUCGAAACUGAGAGCGACGAUAUGUUCGAUGUUAUUGAAGAUAUUAUGACGAGAGGGAUAAGUCAGUAA